AUGAAAGCGAAGAAGAACAAAACACUUAAGCAGCUGCACGCAAGAAUAUCCAGCGAGUCUCCUCUCUACAUUGCACUGUUCAAUAGAGUGUCGGUUAAGCCGCAGCUACAGCUAUGUGAUAUUACAGGCCUGCACGCAAAGUAUGUAUGCCCAAAGACAGGCCUGCAAUACAGCUCAUGCCAAGUAUAUGAAAGACUGCGAGAAAUGCCAACAGAAAAUGCACAAAUUCUGGGCAGCAUCCGGCAGAUGGGAAAAGAGCUCUCUACACUAACAAAGAAAUAA